AAUAGCUUCGCUUCCUUCUGUAGAAAGUGUCAACAGAACUGGAAAUAUGUCUAGUAACGGGAGAAUAACGCUAAUAUUUGGAGGCUUCUUUGCUGCCGUAGUAGCAGCUUUUUAUCCUAUAUAUUUCCAUCCUCUUACUCAUACGGAUGAAUACAAGCAAAUCCAGAAAGUUAAUCGAGCUGGAAUCAAUCAAGCAGAUGUUCAGCCUGUUGGUAUGAAGAUAUGGUCAGAUCCAUUCAAACCAAAGUCAUGAUGCAACUCCAGUGAUUAAAGCAGACCAGAGAAGAGAUUCAUGAGAAUGAAUAUGCUAUUGUAAAUGUGUGGUAUAGGUACAUGCUGGACUCUCAAACAAAAAUGCUCUACAGCCACUUUUUUCCUUGCUUGAGUGAGUGAUGAAAUGCAUGUGCAUGUGAAAUAAACCUUUUGCUGUGGGA